AUCUGCGGCUUCGAAAAUGGCCCUUGUGGGAUGCAAAAUGAUGGGUGGAGAUACUACACACCAACCAACACAAGCACAAGAUAUGAUCAUUCAUUUCUAGAAGGAGGUGCCUACUACAUUGUAGACUUUGGUAUCGACAGAUCUACUACCAGCAAAUUAUCUUUGCAAUGGUUCAAAACAAAACCGUAUUGCAUGCAAUUUUGGUACACUGUUCCUGACAAAUCUAACUCAUCAAUAAAAAUCUGCGCUGAAAAAAACAAUUCAACCAGCUGUCUUUGGAGUACUGUCGGUAGUAAUACUGGUGAAUGGACAUAUGGACAGGUUGAAAUACCCUCAAAUUUGAAUGGGACGCUACAGAUCGUUGGUAACGCCAAGAAAKAUUUCUUGGGAAUUGAUGAUCUAAACUUCGUUGAAACUCAAUGUUCACAAGUUAUUAUACAAUCCAAUCCCUCGUGCUAUUUUGAUGGUGGCCAUUCCUGUCAAAUGAAAUUCCCUAAGUCAUGGGUGCUCGCACUGCACAAAGAUCAACAAGACGAGAACAACUUAUAUUUGAAUUUUUGGUAUUCAAACGAUGUGUCUAGCAAAAUAACAAGUCCAAUUUUAAACCCGAAAUCAGAUGGACGGAUAUGCUUACGAUUCUGGAUGAAUAACGGAAAAGAAACGAAGCUGAAAAUCUUUUAUAAAACUCUUCAUUAUUCUAAAUCCGUUUUUCAUUAUACAUCAGUUACACAGGGAUGGUUUUACUUUCAAUUACCAAUACCAGGAGACGAAAACAGCUUACAGGUGGUAAUGAAAUGGGAAAGUAAAUCGUUUGCUAAGAUAGAUGACAUUACAUUUUCGAAAUACCAAUGUCAAAAUAUUCCGACCGGUAACCAAUCAAGCAGAGAGUGCCUUGAUUAUACCAAUUUGGAUGCACUUGAUCGUAGAAAGGACCAACAACUUGUAACUACAUUGCCAGAUGACAGAACACUGUCAAAAACUUCAUGGUAUCGCAUAUCAGGGCUUGCGGGUAAUCAAGUUUCUAUGGCAUGCCAUAAGGUCCAUCGUUACUUUAGAUGGACCACUUGUUUUGCCUGGAUCAAAGGGAUAUUGCCCACAGUAGCAGAUGGACAAGUUUACAGAGAAUUAUGCCUUCACGAGUCUCACAUACAGAAAAGUUAUUGCUGUUUCAAAGGAAUUAGUAGAAGAGUCGUUACAAGAAAUUGCGGUAGAUAUUUUGUUUAUCGCUUUCCUCGCACUUGGACUAUUCGUUUCACUGUUUAUACAGAAUACAGUAAGUGCUUCAGUAUCAAUAUGAACGUUUUAACGUACUGA